ACCGAUUUGAAUUAUAUCAAAAAGAAAACCAAGAAAUAUAACUAAGACGUAUAAUCUUAGUCAAGAAGUAUCUACAAAGUUACAACUGAUUUUUUGAAACGAUAAAGAAAACGUCACAUAUAGAACGGCCUGAAGGUUCAGCUAUGGGGACAUACACGUCGCCUCUCAAUUUCCAGAGUCCCCAACAUUCGCUUGACCUUUCAACCCUGGACUCUGGCUCGGCUGGACAUUUGGUCUCUACUUCUGCAACAAGCCCCAGCACACACUUAGAAACUGGUCAUCAGGACACCCGAUUGGUCGCCGCCCCCAACUAAAACUACAACCUCUCUGUUUCCAUUGGACGAAUUGAAACACGUGACCGUGAAAAUGACCAGCGUGGUGUCCACUUCCGGCGUGACGCCGCAAAUCACCUACAGCGCCAGCUACAGUGCCGGCAACACGACCGACAUCUUCGUCCCCUUCGGCGGCGUCAACACCUCGGACUACUUCAACCAGACUGGCUUCAGCAACGACUCGGUGUACACGAACUCGUCGAACAUAACAGUGGACACUGGUCCAACAAGACCGCCCGUGCCGUUUGAAGAAUGGCAGCAAAUUCUCAUCGGCAUCGUCCUCGGCUCCAUCGCCCUCAGCACAGUCAUCGGCAAUUCCCUGGUCUGCAUCUCCGUGGCUAUCGUCAAGCGACUCCAGUCUCCCUCCAACUUUCUCAUCGUCUCGCUGGCCGUGGCGGAUCUGUUUGUCGGCAUGCUCGUCAUGCCGUUAGCGGCUGUGGUGGAGCUUAACGGUGGGGCCUGGAUACUGGGCCCGAUCGUCUGUGAUAUGUGGACCACGACGGACGUGCUGUUAUGCACUUCGUCCAUCCUCAACCUCUGCGCUAUCAGCGUGGACCGGUACUUUGUCAUUACCCGACCUUUUCAGUACGCCAUCAAACGCACGCCGAAACGCAUGGGUCUUAUGGUUCUUAUCGUGUGGAGUUUAUCCGCCGUCAUCUCCAUCCCGCCCGUGUUCGGCUGGAAAAGCCCGCACCGGCCGUUCGAAUGCAUGAUCAGCAACGACAUUGGCUACCAGAUAUAUGCCACACUCUGUGCCUUCUACCUGCCGCUCAUCGUCAUGAUCUGCAUCUACUUCCGGAUCUGGCGGGUGUCUUCGAAGAUCGCAAAAUCCGAAGCCAAAACCAAAAUCGGAAGUUUCGAGAGAGGCACGGAGUUUCAGUUGAGCCGACCCUCCCAUGAUUCGGGGGACAGUAACAUUUUAGCCGUCCCCAACGGUUACAUCCGCGACGGGAACGGCAACGGCAACACCGAAGACGAAGGGUCUUCAGAGGCCUUGAGGAGGCCCAACCCGGAGCAGCUUCAGAAGCGCCGCUUCACCAUCCGCUCCCUCAUUCCCCGGCACCCGAAGCUGUCCAACACCAAGGAGAGGAAAGCGACGAAGACCCUGGGGAUCAUCAUGGGCUGCUUCACGCUCUGCUGGCUCCCGUUCUUCAUCCUGGUCCUGGUCUCGACCUUCUGCGUGAACUGCGUCCCGCCUCAGCUGUCCUCGAUCCUGCAGUGGCUGGGCUACGCCAACUCCUUUCUCAACCCGGUGAUAUACGCUCGCUUCAACCGCGAGUUCAGGACCCCUUUUAAAGAAAUUCUUCUCUUCAGAUGCUACGGAAUCAACACGCGCAUGCGCUCCGAGAGCUACGUGGAACAAUAUGGACCCGUCGCCUCGCAUCGGGACAGUCUGCGCCCCACGGAUACCAUCGUCAGGUACAACAGCCAGGGUCAGACCGUCGUUGCCCUUGGCAACGGAUCAGUCAACGGAUCGAGACACAGCGAGUCGAAGAUUUGAAAACACGAUUUGUGUUUAGAUGGAAAUUUUUUUAAAUUUUUAUUUCUGUUGGUAAACAUCCAUUGAACGGUUUAGCUUAAGAAUUUUAUGGGAAAUAGUAGAUUCUACUUAGUCCAAUUGAUCUCGUUCUAUGCUUACAUCUUUAUGUACGUUCAUCGACAUGUGUUAGUUUACUAACUUAGGAUGCUAGUUUCAUUUUUUUUUAAUCGGAAUAAUCACCUCAUGAAUAUUCAUUCUUUUCAUUCUAUAACUAUAACUGUUCUAAUAUUAUAUGUCAUAUGUGAUACUAUUGGGGAAACCCAUACACCAUUCAAGAUAUCGUUAACUAAAUGUCAUUCAUGCUAAGCUUACUUAGUCUAAUGUCAUACAUGCAAACUCUCAUUAUUUAAAAAAAAAAAGCAUUCAUACAUUUUAAAAGCAUGUUCCCAUUACUCAAAAGCUAUAUACAAGUUCACAACGGGACUUAUAACUUAAAUCCACACGUCCCUACAUGAAAAAUAUCAACUCACUCCAUUUAAUUUUAUCUGAUUUUUGCCUUUGUCUUUUUUAAUAUAACUUACUUAUAAAUUACUUUUAUAUAACUUAUUCAUAAUUUUAAUUUUUUAAAUUUAUUUUCUUGGCUAGACAAUCGCAAUUCAUUCCUGAAUCAUAUCAGUCAUAAAUCUAGUGCAUAGUUCAAGGAUACAGUUGGGUACUGUAAGGUGUCAGGGGAGAGAAGCAAGAUAGGUUUUAACUGGUUAGGAUACAGCCGGAUAAUGUAAAACUGGAACCGGUAUUAGAGGUGGUUUUGCUGGGCGGGGGAGGGGUGGUAUAGCUACAAGGUUUAUUGCUCAAGUCAUAUGACUUGUAGAUGUAUAGUUUCAACGCGUAUACCUUUAAGUCAUAUACCAGAAUGCUGUAUAGAUUCAGGGCGUGUAGUUUGAAGUCGUAUAGCUGGGAGAUAUAUAGUUUCAACGCAUAUACAUUGAAGUCAUAUAACAGAAAAAUGUAUAGGUUCAGUUUAAAAGUCGUAUAGUAGUUAGAUGGAUAGCUUGAAUGCAUAUUACUUGAAGCCAUAUAGCUGAAAUACUAUAGCUUCUUGGUGUUUAGCUUGGUUUCCUAUAACAGAAAGAUGUAUAGUUUCAAGGCAUACAUCUGAAAGGGAUAUAACUGUAAAGCAUAAAAUUUGCGUGUUUCGUUAACGGUGCUACCAAUUUUCUGACAUCGACUCUUCCAAAAAUAGGUGUAGAAGAUUGUUUGUAGUAUCGGAAUAUCAGAGUAUGUGAUAGGGACGAAAAUCAGGGUUCACCGCUAUGGUAAGACUUAGUUUAGGGUUUGGGUGUGUGAUAAAGUUAACAUAAACAUAACAAGAUAUGUUAAACUGUAGUUUACUACCAGUGACCGAACACCCCCUUUUUAAAGACGAGUCCAUAAUUUCACACUGACAUUUUUUUAUCUAAGGGUUAAAAAUUGUGUAUCUAAAGUCUAAAUGAUAACAAAUUCUACUUAACUUUAAAACUUGUUACAGGUUAUCAAGUAUACUGCAUUGACGUAUUUUAGACUAACGCUAAAUGUAACAUAUCCAAAAGAAAUAAUUCCUGGCCAACAAUACCCUCUUAUUCCCAAUGAUCAUCCGCUUGAAAUCAAUCCAGCCAUUGUUGCAAGAAAUCGAUAAUUUUAAUCACGUGACGUUUAAUUGUUCGCUUAAUGGAUCCAAACAAUAAAAGUUUUUUUUCAUUGACCUUGGGAAAAGUGGAUUAAACCCCCUACCCCUUGCAAAUAUGACCUUGGUGGAAGAAAAGAAAAUCACUACAGCUAUUUUUAACUUUCCGUUUUAGUUUUUUAAGGUUUUUUUUUCUUUAACAUUUCUAAAAUCUGAUUCUUGCAUGCACCGUCACGGAACACCAACUUAUUAACGAUCCUUUUUAAGGGGACAUCACUCUUCGCCGAUAUUUCUCAAAUAGUGCGUUAUUUCUAAUAUUUUGAUUUUUAAAAAUAAUUUUUUCUUUCGUUCACGCGGAGUAAAAAAAAAAAGUUGUAACUUCCAAUGUUAGUGAUACCCACACGUACUAGAAUCAAAUUUUUAUUCAAUGAUAUUCAUCUUCCAACGCACAACACAAUUUAUUUUUCUGUAUUAUAGUGUUGAAUAUCUUAUAUUAACGUAGUACCUUAUAUUAAUUAAUUUUAAGAACAACAUCAAUUAAUAUUUUAGCCUUUAACCUCUGGCACUCUGCAAUGUGUAGAAACGACUUUUUAUUUUAGCAUCCAAAACAAAACAAAAAAUGCACAUACGGGGUAUUUUAACAUCUGCGACAAAAUCACGUGUUUGAAUCCGCUUUACGUCGCCCAAUCAAUCCUGAUAUUCAAAAUGUGGGGCGAAAUAACGUGACCUACCCCUCCCCUUAUAGGUGAGACGUAGGGCGCAGUGUUGAGACCCCCCCCCCCGGCGUCAAGCAUAAAGUUGUGUACACCGUACACCCCGCAAAUACGUACACUCGCAGUGUGUACAUGACAAUGUUCAUCUGAAGAUCUCCAUUCAUAUCUGCUGCUGGAAAUUCUCCCCUGAACAAUCCGCCCGCGUCCUCGUUUGUUCAUGUCCCUUGGAAUGCUCGCCCUUAAUUAGCGCCAGGGCGAACUUAAUUAGCGUAGCCUCCAACGUAUCGAUGUGGUAAUUAUCUUAAAUGAGGUAGUUUUUAAUUGCUAUACAAAAAACCCACGAAAUUAUAUUGAAUAAAUUAGAUUGUAAUUGCAAUACAAGAAAACUUGAAAAAUUAGUACUGUCAUUUUAAUUGAUUUUUUAAUAACAGCAUUCUGCUGUUAUUCUUCACAAAAUCCCUCCAAUUUUAUUCAAGUGUACAUAGUCUUUACAAAAAUGUCCUAAUUGGGCUCAAUUUUUUUUCUACGCUACAACAACUUAUUAACGUGUUUUAAUUAGUUAAAAAAAUAUUAGCAUAUACAACAUACUACUUUAUUUUUUUUUUCUAGCCAUGAAACUUCAAAAUCUUCAAAGUAUUCUUUUUUUUUUACUACCAACACAAAUCCAUAACUUUACGUUAAUCUGGAGAUUAAUAGAUCAUGGGGUCGGUGUACUUAAGUUGUUUUGUUUUUAUUCUAGUUUUCUAUUGGCGUCUAGGGUACAAAUCCAUUUUCUAAUCAAUUGUAUUAAAAUAGUUUUUUGUAGACUGAAUUAAAAUGUAAUUUUAUUUGUGAAGACUUUUUUAAAGUUUAAAUAUUUUCAUCAAAUAGCAAUCCAAUGAUAAAUUUUCAAUUAAAUUUUUUUUAAAGAUUUUUCUUUUUUAAGGUAAAGAGCUUUCAGUUGAAAUUUAGUGCUUCAAAAGGCGAUUUUAAAUGGUACUUGAAGGGUGGAUCCAUAAAACAAGCUUUAAAACAGUGUUCGCCAUCGUGUCGUAGGGCAAGGGUUAAUGUGGGGUUUGUGGCAACUGGAGGGUUAAACUGAAGAUGGAUGUCUAGCUUACAGAGAGCCAUUUUAAUUGAAACCUAGCUGAUUGGCCAUUGAA